ACUCGACACAUCGUCAUCAGCGGCCAUUUUCAUGACGUACUUCCGAAAAAAGUACAACGGACCGAAUAUUUCCGAGCGAAAUGUGCCCAUACACCGUAAAAAGUAACUCUCCAGCUUUGAAAAAUACAAAAACAUACUCAAUCACUUGAACGCUUUACAAUAAUGUCGUUUUCGCCACUGUUUUGAAAGAACCGAAGAAACACUGAUUGUGUUACGUUGCUAAUGUCCACAAUUGCUCUAGAAAUGGACAGAGAUAACCACGGCAAAUUCACUUCAGGAAACAAUGUCAGUGAACUGGACAAUAACCAUGUGCACCAUGACCAUGCAUACACUAAAUAUGAUUAUCCAACUGAUAAUUAUGUAACGGAUGAUGAUGAACAAGAUGAUGAUGAUGAUGAUUAUUCUGAUGAAAAUGCCCUUAUUUAUUGUGGAAUUGGAGAAACUACAAUCAACAAAAUUCUUGCUGCUCUAAAUAUUCCCAAGAUUUCUGCAACAACUUUAAAAAGGAGAGAGAGAGAAGCAGGAACAGCUUUAGAAUCUGUGGCGGAGACUACAUGUGAUGAAGCCUUACAAAAAGAGCAACAUAGAACCGAUCAAAAUGGUGAAGACAUAGAAAAAUCUGUUUCAUAUGAUGCAGGAUGGCAAACACGUGGGAGUGGUAGAAAUUAUGCAAGUCUCUCUGGACAUGGAUCUAUGAUAGGAGGAGAAACAGGAAAAGUUGUUGCUUAUGCAGUUAGGUGCAAGCAGUGUCGCUUUUGUGAUGUUGCUGCUAGAACAAAUACCGAAGUAACAGAACAUGAUUGUAGAAAGAAUUGGUCGUCAUCAUCCAAGGCAAUGGAAGCUGACAUGGCGGUAACUAUGCUGCAAGACCUAGAUAAGAAGGGCUACCAUGUUGACAACAUAGUGAUGGAUAACGAUACAACUACACAUGCUAAAGCAAAGACAUUAUUUGAUCCAUUUCUCAAGAAAUGUUCAGAUUUCAAUCACACAAAGAAAAACUUCACUAGUAAGCUUUAUGAACUGAAAAAGGAGAAAAAAUACACCCUCUUGGGCCCAAAGACAAUCAAACAUUUAAGUAAAUGUUUUGCAUAUGCUGUUAAAUCAAAUACAGACAAUCCUGAGAGUUUAAAAUCUGGACUAAAAGCUAUACCAUCUCAUGUGUUUGGUGACCAUCAACUGUGCGGUAAAGAAUGGUGUCGGUAUAAAGAAAAACCAGAUACAUAUAAACCAACACAUUUACCAUAUGGAAAAUAUUUAGUUGGAGACGAUCUGCGAAACGACCUUCAGAAAAUAUUUGACACUUUUUCAAAAGGAAGUGAGAAGAUGUGUAGAGUUGGAAGUACUCAAAGCAACGAAAGCUUCAACAGGAUUGUGGCCUCCAAACACCCAAAAACUCAUUUUUAUGCAGCAUCAGAAAGCACUGCUUUUAGAGUUGCUGCAGCUGUUGCACAGAAAAACAUUGGUCACUCAACCAUAGCAAAGGUACAUGAACAGCUGUUAUUGUCUCCUGGUAAAAACACAGAGGAUCAUAUACAAUCCAUGGACAGGAAAAGAGAGCAGGACAAUGAUCGAAAGAGUAGCACAGAAUACAAGAAACGUCGUUAUGAACUUCGCACAUCAACAGCAACACAUGUUUCAACAACAGAAGUGAAAGAGGGAGCUACCUAUCAAUCUGGAGUCGACAUAGAUGACACUAGUUCCCAAGAUCUAACAGCCAUACCAGACCAUAUCAUCCCUCCAGUUCCUUCAAACAUACUACCUGGAAAAUACAGCUAUGUGUAUUUUGAUUUGGAGACAACUGGCCUAGGUACAUGUUCUGAAAUAGUACAACUGGCAGCUGUUUAUGGUGAUCAGUCAUUUGAUAGGCAUGUCAUGCCUACUAUUCCAAUCCAUCCCAAAGCAAGUGCUGUAACUGGUCUACAUAUUGUUGGAAAUAACUUAUAUCACCAUGACAGAAGACUUGAUACAGUUACACAGGAGACAUGUUUAAUGGACUUCAACCAGUGGUUUAAGGGUAUUCCCAAUCCAGUAUUAGUGUGUCAUAAUGGCAAGAUGUUUGACUCUGUUAUACUUGGAAAAGCCAUUCAAAAACAUGUCAAUUGUGGAUUGUUAACUACAUUGAUUGGCUUUAUAGACAGCCUGUAUAUGUUUAGAGAAAUUCUGCCUGGUCGCUCUACUUAUUGUCAGCAGUCAUUAGUUAGAGAUACACUUGGAAUUGAGUAUGCUGCACAUUCUGCAUUAGAAGAUGUAAAAAGUCUACAGAAAUUGGUAUUACAUCACAAUGUUUCAACUACAAUUUUAUUAAAUCACAGCUUUACAAUAGAUUUUACAAUGGCCGUUUAA